AUGAGCUCCCAGAACCCUCCCAGCUCGCCUCUGCGGAGCAACCCGGCGUCGGCCAACCGUGGCCCGGCGCCCAGGGGCAACCGGAAGCGCUCCAGGACCGGCGGUGACGCCAGCUCCUCAGUCGCCGCCUCCAGCCCCAUGCCCUCCUCUCCCCCCGCCUUCAACAUUGCCCACGGCGGCGAUGACGAAGAUGACAUCGAGGAGGAGGUCGAGGUCCAGGACGAUGACCUGGACGACCUGGACGAGAUGGCCGAGGAUGACAUCGAUCUCUUCCGGGACGGCUUCGAGGGCGACUACAGAGACAAGGGCGAGAACGACACCUACGAGGGCAUCGACAUUGACGACGACGGCGACUAUGACGAGAUGGCCCUCGGCGAUAGACGUCGUCUCGAGGCCCAGCUGAACCGUAGAGAUCGCGAGGUCGCCCGCAGAAGGCGCAUGCCCGCCGCCUUCCUCCAGGACGAGGACGAGGAUGGCGACAUCGAUCUGACCGCCCAGCCCCGCAGACGUCGUCACCACUACGACGAGGACCCAGAUGAUGACAUGGACCAGGACAUCAUGGACGAGGAGCUCUCGCUCGAAGGCCUCCAGGACGUCAAGGCCUCCAGCUUGACCGAGUGGGUCUCGCAGCCCGCCGUCCAGCGCACCAUCAAGAGGGAGUUCAAGGCCUUCCUGACAGAGUACACCGACGAGAGCGGCUCGUCAGUCUACGGAAACCGCAUCCGGACCCUCGGUGAGAUCAACGCCGAGUCCCUCGAGGUCUCGUACGACCACCUCUCCUCCUCCAGAGCCAUCCUGGCCUACUUCUUGGCCAACGCCCCCGCCGAGAUGCUCAAGCUCUUCGACGACGUCGCCAUGGACGUCGUGUUGCUGCACUACCCCGACUACGAGCGUAUCCACUCCGAGAUUCACGUUCGUAUCUUCGACCUGCCCGUCCACUACACCCUCCGCCAGCUGCGCCAGUCCCAUCUGAACUGCUUGGUCAGAGUCAGCGGCGUCGUGACUCGGAGGACCGGCGUCUUCCCCCAGUUGAAGUACGUCAAGUUCGACUGCACCAAGUGCGGUGUCACCCUGGGCCCGUACCAGCAGGAGUCCAACGUCGAGGUCAAGAUCACCUUCUGCCAGAGCUGCCAGUCUCGCGGUCCUUUCACACUCAACUCGGAGAAGACCGUGUACCGCAACUACCAGAAGCUCACCCUCCAGGAGUCCCCCGGCACCGUUCCCGCCGGUCGUCUGCCCCGGCACCGCGAGGUCAUUCUCCUCUGGGACCUUAUCGACAAGGCCAAGCCCGGCGAGGAGAUUGAGGUCACUGGCAUCUACCGGAACAACUACGACGCUCAGCUGAACAACCGCAAUGGCUUCCCCGUUUUUGCUACCAUCCUCGAGGCAAACAACGUAGUCAAGGCCCACGACCAGCUGGCCGGCUUCAGGCUCACCGAACAGGAUGAACAAGAGAUUCGUAAGCUGUCGCGCGACCCCCAGAUCAUCGACAAGGUUGUCAACUCCAUCGCCCCCAGCAUUUACGGGCACACCGACAUCAAGACCGCUGUGGCCCUGUCCCUGUUCGGCGGUGUAGCCAAGAUCGCCAAGGGCGGCCAUCACCUCCGUGGAGACAUCAACGUGCUUCUUCUCGGUGACCCGGGUACCGCCAAGUCCCAAGUACUCAAAUAUGUUGAGAAGACGGCCCACCGUGCUGUUUUCGCAACCGGCCAGGGUGCCUCCGCUGUCGGUCUGACGGCUAGUGUCCGCCGAGAUCCCCUUACCAGCGAAUGGACUCUUGAAGGUGGUGCUCUGGUGUUGGCCGAUAGGGGUACCUGCCUCAUCGACGAGUUUGACAAGAUGAACGACCAAGAUCGGACGUCCAUCCACGAAGCCAUGGAACAGCAGACCAUUUCCAUCUCCAAGGCCGGUAUUGUGACAACGUUGCAGGCACGCUGUGGCAUCAUCGCCGCUGCUAACCCGAUCGGAGGUCGCUACAACUCGACCAUCCCCUUCUCGUCCAAUGUCGAGCUGACGGAGCCCAUCUUGUCGCGUUUCGAUAUCCUCUGCGUGGUCAGAGAUACCGUCGAUCCUUCCGAAGAUGAGCGUCUUGCCCGCUUCAUCGUUGGGUCUCACAGCCGUAGCCAUCCUACGUCACAAUCACAGAGCGCCAAGGACUCGAUGGAAGUCGAGCCCGACUCUCAGACCUCCCGUGAGAGCCAGGAGGCCCAAACUAGAAAGGAGGGUCAGAUCCCGCAGGAUUUACUGCGCAAGUACAUCCUGUAUGCUCGUGAUCACUGCCAACCCAAGCUUCUCAACAUGGACGAGGACAAGGUGGCGAGGUUGUUUGCCGACAUGAGAAGAGAGUCGCUGGCUACUGGUGCCUAUCCCAUCACAGUCCGUCACUUGGAAGCCAUCAUCCGAAUCUCUGAGGCCUUCUGCCGCAUGAGGUUGUCGGAGUACUGUAAUGCGCAGGACAUCGACCGCGCCAUCGCCGUUACGGUCGAGAGUUUCGUAGGCAGCCAGAAGGUCAGUUGCAAGAAGGCUCUCGCGAGAGCCUUCGCCAAGUACACGUUGGCCAGGCCCGGUGCUGGUGCUGGAUCAUCGGCGAAGAGAGGAGGACUGCUGGCGAGGCGGCCAGCUCCUACGAUGGCGUAA